AUGUACGACUCGACGAACCCCGGUGUGCACGUGCUAAACAGAAACCACCUACAAAAAGAAGUAUGGGCUGGUAUCUUCGUCGAUACAGGAUUAACCAAUUUGGUGGUACACGAAAGCGUCGUGGCCCCGAUUUUGAAAAAUGCAUCAAGACUGACGCUUCGCGAUGCCGCCAGAGGAGCCACCGCGCCUCAAGUACUGCCCGGCCUGCUUAAGCAGCUCAUAGACGAACCGGCGAGGUUCCGGCUGUACUCCGGCCGCCCCAGUUUGGUCGAACCGCCCCCGGAAAUUCCAAUAUGGUGUCCUCCCGCGUUGCCGGGGAGCGGCGAACCGGCCUUGCUGGACGGUUGCGGGAGGAACAAAUGCAAGAAGAAGUUGAAAAAGUACAAGCGCAAGUACAAGAAGUACAAGUGCAAGUACAAGAAGUACAAGAAGAAAGCCAAAAAGUAUAAGUGCAAGUAUAAGAAAUGUAAGAGGCGUUGUAAGAGUAAGAAGAAGAAGAGUAAAUGCAAGAAGAAGAAGAGUAAAUGCAAGAAGAAGAGUAAAUUCAGCAAGAAGAAAAAACCGAAGUGCAAGAAAAAGUGCGCUAAAAAAUGA